UUGACAUUUCCUAUAGUAGAUAGAAUAUUUACCAAUUCACAAAAUAUGAUGAAUUAGAAUAUAGUCUUCUACAAUAUCAAAUUUUCCAAAUAUCACAUUAAUUGUCCCAACAUGAGGAUCAUUAUCUCUUAGCCAGGACAAUACAUGUUUCCAAAAGGCAGACGAUAUCCUGCAGAAGAAGAGUUAGACGGAUUCCGCUUCUUCUUGACAGAAAGUGCAGUUUGGCGAUUCUAAUACACCAAUUAAAUUAAGUUUCUCGUUUGUAAAGAUUAUACAAUUAAAAAUUCUGUAUUGAAAUUCCUACCUCUGGGGGUGUUAUACGUUUCCUGAAGGAAACCUAUAUCGGUCGGACAUUUAAGCAGCCAAGUUGAAAAUUAAAAUAGACUUUCUUCUACCAAAAGAGCGAAUUCUGCGAACAUUUAAUUACAAAAGUUUAUGUUUUGUCGCCCCAUGUCCAAAGAGGUAAGCUGUAAACCUCAAAUGAGAAACCAACGCUAAAUACCAUAUAGACGUCCACCACCAAAACAAGGUGCCACUAAGCUCAUUUAAGCUGACUACCAGUAAUUGGUCAGUAUGUGCAUACCCAUCUACCCUAAUUUCUUUCCUUCUUAAAUCAACAUCAUUUCACCCGAAAAAACAAACAAACAAAACGUUCCCUUAACGCAAUGAGGCGGUCGGUCUUUUUCAGCUCUUUUUCCUUUUUCGUUGACGAUUGGAAAAAAAUAAAUAAAAAAGGAAACUUUUCCUCUAGAGCACUCGGUUUAAUAUUAAAACAGUUAGAGACUUCUAAGCUCUAACCCUUAAACAAAGUUUGUUCGUUCAUUACCGGUGUGAUAUGGGUAUGGACAAUACACCAAAAAAAAAUUUAAUCCUAUUUUCGUAGAUAAUCUGAUUCGCCUUCAAGGAUCCACCUUACCUUACGCUGGCCGCGUUGAAGUGUUUUAUGCAGGGGUCUGGGGAGCAAUCAGUAGCAGAAACUGGGAUAUAAAUGACGCCACGGUAGUUUGUCGUCAGCUUGGUUACUCAGCUGGAGCGGAAGUGGCUUUAAAGAACGGUGUUUAUGGUCCGGUCAGCGGUCCAGUUUGGAUAACCAAUCUCCAGUGUACUGGAAGUGAGUCAAAUGUUAUGGAAUGUGUUCAUGAUGGGCUUGGAAAUAAAACUGAAUUGCAGCAUAGAGCCGUCACCGCGAGUGUCGUUUGUAAGGACUCGUCAUUCAACAACGGUAACAAAAAGUUUCACUUGUAUAGUCACACACAGUUGUGCCGACGUCUCACUUUCUAAUCGUUACACUGCUUUAUAUAAUCAUUAGUUUUUACAUAAUUUUAUGAAUUCAAAAGGAGUUAAUUAAUUUGAUGAAUGUCACUAAAUCUGAUCCAACGUACAAGCAUUAGCCUCAGCAUUUUGCAUGAUCUUUUCAGUUUGCUCAAUAGGCCACUUCUGAGUUCCAAGAACCUUCACUUCAAAAUGAGGCCACGUGCACAACCUUUCUUGUGAAAAUGAGUUUUAUUUGCAUGAGAAUGAAAAGUUAUUUCCAUAUUGAAAGGCUAAGCACUUAACCUCGUUUUGAUAGAGAGACCAGGGGAAACUAGGAAAAUGCCCGCCUAUUUUAAUCCAUUGCAACUGCCGGUUAUUGUACCCCUGACUUCAACAGCCCAUGUAAACUGUCCAUGUGUUAUUGCUCUAAUUCAAGCCUCUUCUAUCCACAAAAUAUUUCAGUAAUGCCGAUUAGGCUACGAGGGUCACACUCAUCAAAUAUGGGACGAAUAGAGGUUCAUUACGCUGGAACGUGGGGUUCAGUUUAUGCAUCAGGAUGGGACAUUAAAGACGCCACAGUAGCGUGCAGACAGCUGGGAUAUCAUUCAGCCUCGGUUUCAGGAAACGGAAUUUUUUGUUCCUCUGAUAUCUCAGUGUGGUUCGCUUACUUCAAAUGUUUUGGUGAUGAAACAUCCUUGGAACAAUGUUCUCGGGAUUUCUACCAGUAUUCGACGACUACAUAUUGUGCAAAUGCUGUAUGUACUGACAAAAAGACUGAAGAAGGUGAGAAGUAUAAAUAUUAUGAAGAUUAUCCUGGCUCCUGUUUCUAUAACGGGGAACGGGAAACAACUGAAACAAACACGGGAAAAUGAAAAAUGAGAACAAAAACAAACUUGAACCGUAGCCCUAUUAUCCAUUUUCUGUUUUUUCCCAGUUUUCAUUUAACAUACUAUUUUUAUGCAAUUUAAAGAACAAUAAUAUAUAGAUUUAGCCACGGCUAAAAGCGAAGCUCCUAUUGAAAAGUUAAGUGAUUAUGGAGUGAACAAAUCUUGUAUCGAGUUGAUAUAGCCUUGUAUGUACACCCAAAAAGGUGUACGGUCAAAUUUAAGAGCAAUAAUGGCUCUUGCCAAGAGCCAUUAUUGCAGUAGAUAAGGCGUGGAAAACAAAUCAGGCUGAAUUUUUUGCGAUCGACAAGUUUACAAAUUCUUGCCAACAAAUCUGGGUGCGUGCAAACCAAUCUUUUGUUUUUUUUUAAUACACCACAUCUGAGGAGAAAGAGUACUACGAGGCGUUGUUUUUAUCAUACAGACCUCGUACAAAAUGCAGUAUUUCACAAUUUUUCAAGACAAAGUGCAUUCAUUCAAUAUUCAGGACCAUCGAAGCACGCGUGGACUUUUAAUUAGCGAAACCGUUCAAAAAAUUUCCAAAAUCACCUAUACGGCCAGCCGGUUAACGUUCUAACUUUUGACAAGCGCCAAAUUUGCGAAGAAAUUUUAAAAGAGUUACGUUUCAACGUGAUAAAGAAUUUAUUGAGUCUAUUUUUUAUUCAUGGUUUUAUUACGAUUUGUAACCUUAAAAAUCGUUUGAUACGCUCGGCAUUUUGAGUACUCCUGCAAGCGAUGUUUAUGAACGGCUGGAAACAAACGGCAAAGCGAUGAAAAUUACACUUUUGAGACUACCAAUAAUCAAUAAAGAAUUAUAAUUCGGUAGAACGUUUACAGAGACAACAAUUUUCAUUCACGAAAACAAAUGAGUAUUUAAGUGUUUCUAAGAAUCCUCAAGUCUUUACUAGUAAGGGAAAGUUCAUUUAAUAUGACAAGGGGGGAUGAAGAUAUUGAAACUCGAAGCUUGAAAUUUUAGCAGCCCCCUCGCUAGCGGUUCAAUUUUUUAGGAGCCCCUCCUUGGUAGUCGAAAAAAUGUCAGAGCCCCCCCUCCUUCUCCUUCAUUUCUUAACAUUUCUUGUUACAAAGUCAUCGUUUUUAUAGUUCCCGUUAGCAGAUUUUGAAAUCUUGUUGAAUCAAUGUGAUUUUAUUAUAAAAAGUUUGAGCAUUUCUAAUUUUUGAAAUUUUCUAAAGCAUUUUUGGGAUGAACAAGAGUGUAAUAAUUACUGAGACUACAUUUGUUAUAUCUGUAAACCACGUGAUAUAGCUGAGUUGCACAGGUCAUUAAAUUGUUGAGUUGAAAACCAUCCGAUGUGUAUGAUGAUGUCAUGUGUUGGUUCUGAAGUAUACAAAUUUUCGGAGCCCCCCCUCCUAGCGCAACAAUUUUUUCAGAGCCCCCCUCCGGGUGUCUAAAAAUUUUCGGAGCCCCCCUCAAUAUCUUCAUUCCCCCCCCCUUGUCAUAUUAAAUGAACUUUCCCUAAGCUUAAAGAUUAAGUUUAUAUUUUAAGCCGCCGGUUUCCCAGGCCUGUUUGCUCUUUUCAAAGAUGAACUCAGGACAAGAAAAUCGCUCUAAGCUUUCUUUCUAUAGCCAAAAUUAUAACUAAAUAUUCUUCGGAAAGUCUUUUCUUUCUAUUUACGGUGAAUUAAUAUCGACUAAAGGCUUUUUAAAGUUCUGUAAGCUUAAGCUUAUAUCAAACCUCAUACUAGGUCAGAUGAGUGUCUCAGUCAACUCUUAAUACAAACGUGCAUAAACUAGCUUCAUAAACUGCGCCGCUGGACUUCAUGAAAUUAGAUAUAAAUACAAUAAUUACUCAGGCUUACUAUAUUUCGAGAUGCAGCUCCUGAAAGCUAUCAAGUAAGGCAAGGAUCGCUUGAGCCUUUAUAAUUCUCGCACGCAUCCAGCAAGGUGAAAAACAAAAACGAUGCCAUCCGAAAUCGGAUUAUCGGCUUUGACAAGCGACGCAUUUCUCAACCAAAAACCCAAUAAACAAACCAUGAAUAAGAGAACACUCUUGACAGCAGCUGUAUUUCAUUUUGUACAUCCAAUGGAAAAAGACAGUCAAAAACAUCACAAGUUGACUCAAAACUCUGUCAGCUUCAGCUGUCAAAGUAAACAACUUUCAAGAUGCUGCAUAAAUUUUACGCAUGAACUCACCUGUCAAAUUUUAACUAAUCAGAACAUAAAAAUUGAACGUGGAGCGUGACCAACACGUGACUAUGGUAAGAAAAGGUCUUCCCCGCCUGUAUUUUAAAAAAACUGGCUGAAUUUUUGCGUCUGAGGUCAGUUUCAAAUCAAAAUCGUAAUAGUGCGGGGCGAUACUGACACAAACACAACAUAUUUGAUAUGAAUUUUUUAAAAAAGUAAACGUGAGCCUGCAAUCAUUUGAAACCGAAUAUAUUGUCAGCACAUAACUUCAAAAAAUACUCGACCUUGAUGGGUCGACACCUGAGCCCGCGAUACGGUCAGGUGAUACUGGUCAGCGGAUACCCUGUUUUCACAGCUGUCAAUUGAUGACAACAUUGAUGUGCAAUCAGCUUCCUCCUGGGCUCCCAAAGUAGCUAGAAAGUGUGAGGGUAAACAUUGGUAUGCCUGUGGUGCGGACGGACGGUCGGUCGGUCACGUGAUUAACAAAUUUUCUGGGAUGGGUAGAUUACCUUAGCUAUUCAGGGCGGAAAAACGUUCUGCGCAAGCUUCUGCGCAUCUCUUAUCGCAGGCUCAAGGCGGGCUUUUCUGUGUGUUGACUGUGUUAGUUUGUUGCUGGAGUGAAGUGCACGAGGUGCGAACGUUUGCUCCCUGUAAAGCAUUUUUAUUUGACAUGUUUGCUUUUUUUUCGUCGCUUGAAAAUUACUUUGGAUUCAGAACAACCGAUGUUAAAGGAAAAACGGAUCAUUCCGUCAGUCUGAGGUGGAAUAAAAGGUUUUGAACAUUUUUAAAGAGGCGAGUAUUUUUUCUGAUUGUGCAUCCGAUUAAUUUAUGAGUUGAUUUCGCCGGGUUGAAUUAAAACCCGCUUGUACUCUGUCAUUGAGCUACGGUUACUUUUUUUACACGCCCAGAUUUAUUACCUUUGCAGAACCAGCUUUAUCUUUGUCUUCAGUCAAACAACCAUUUUGUUGUUAUAACGCAUCAGAGUGAGCAAACUGGUGCGCUUAUUAAACUUCCUCGGAAAUAGAAGGCCAGCAAGCUUACUCAGGAUCAUUUUUCUGUUGCUCAAGUAAUAGUAGUCAGAGUUUUUUCCAUUUUUCAUUAUAUAGUUUUGUUUUCCAGUGCACUGUGAAAGUUUCUGUUCUUUAUAAGAAUAACUUUCUGUACGCAAAUUGUCCCUUUCACUCGCUGUGAAGUUGAGAACGACAACUGCCGGCAGUGACUUCAAAACAAUUGACUCUUUUCCCGUAAACAAUUGCUGCAGCUGGAUUUGACUGAGGUGAGCAAAACAAACCCUUAUGUGCAAUUUUCUGUGUUUUCUAAAGAUCAGCUUAGUUUAAUUUGCUUAAACGAAGACCCUCGCAACGGCAUGGACCAGUUAAGCUUAAAAUAGCUAAAUGGUGAAUCAUGGCUUGGCUGCCAAGUUGCAUCUUUUGCUUUUAAGAUCUUCAGGUAGGUUGUUUUCGUACAGAAAAUUCAUUUCUUCAUUGUCGGCAAGAAGUUUUUGAAAUAAUAUAACUUUAACUUUGUUUGAAGGAAAUCCUACUCACGCGUAGGUUUUUGACAGAUGUUAUGCAUGUUCAACUUGACAACACAAAGCAAAAUUUAUAUAUCUGCGCGAAACGAGCAAGUUUAAAAAACUAUAGUUGCUUCGAAACCGAUUUUUGAGAAGAUUUUACCAGAUAAAGAUUGACCUUUUUUCUGCCCACAUAUCAACGCAAUAACGUCUACAUUGAGGAUUUUGUUUAAAUUUUAGUGAUCUGCGAAACUACGAGUGUCCGAUCGAGCGAGGGUUUUAAAAUAUCAGCUCGAGUGAGACAAAGUUCAGUGACUUCAAACACAUUGUGGGCAAGCCUUAAUUUUUUUGGGCAAAUCACUGUCCAAAGAUAUGUUGUUUUUGUGUCCACUGUGGAGCUCCGGACCUUAUAUAUCCAGGAACGUCCUUAUAUGAACACAUUUUGUGAAUGCAUCUUUAAAAAAAUCGAACCUACGCAUGCACUUUUCCAGUACAACGCAAGGAAAUUAAUGUUGUUAAAGUCCGUUUUACUAUGAGGUAUUCUUCGAGAAAAUUAAGUAACGACAAGGUUAUAACCACAGCUUGCAACUUUUGAAGGCCAAUUGCCUGUUCUUUCCAGGUUAUGAGUGGAAACAUUUUAUUUUUAGGCAACAAAAUAUUUGAAAUCCCGCCAUUUUUUCAAACCCGGCCAGGGGAUCUGGGCAAAAAAGUUCACGCAUGCUCAUUACGUUUUUCCGCCCUGAACCUUAGCUAUGGGGCUCCGCCCAUGCGCGCGCUUCGCGCGCGCGCGGAGCUCCGCUAUAAUCACAAAAUUUAAUGCUGUGAAAAUUAAAAUUAUAUGACGUUUUAAAACAACAGGAAUUACAAGGUUGCUAUGACUUGCAGCCAGUUGAUGGCUAUAACUUAAAAACGAAAAAGAAAACUUAAACGCUAGAUUUUUAGUAUUUUCUUCUCCCACUAGAUGUGUGUCUUUUACUGCAGUCUAAUUAUAUUGAAGCGCGCGCAGCGGAGCCCUAUACGUAUAGAAAAUGGGAACCUAUCGAUCUCAGAAAAUUUAGUUAUGACGUCAGGACACGCCCGAACUCCUGACUGUCGUAGACUCUGCGAGUAGGGUAAAAAUACUCAGUAUAGGGUAAUUGUUACAGUUUUUGUCUCGUUUUAGUUUUGUCGUAAAGUCAGGCGUAAUUAUUUCAUGUCAUGACACGUACUAAAGAUUUGAGACAGAAAGGCGAUGUCAAUGGCCUCGCGUAAAGCUUUUAAAAAUAUGCACAAGCUUAAAUUAAUUUUCUGAUUGCAAAUGGGAAGACAAAGGUCUUCUAGGAUACCCAGUGGUAGUUGCUGCCGGUUAAAAGUAAGGAUAACUUAUUUACCGAAAGUCUUGCUUCGAGACUCGUUCACCUGUUUAAAAAAAAGCGAACAAACAAACACAACGGAAAACAAGCUUUUCCUAAACAUUUCAGACAUUCUACUUGCUCUCUUGAAUAAAAGUGUUGUAGUUGUACAUCUUUCAUUGUAGUUUUAUUCACGUUUUGAUUGUCAGUCAUAAUUUUGAGAGGUUUUAAGCAGUUUUUUUCGUAGUUUCGAGGACUGCCGAGUCAGAAUGACGCGUGAUUGAAAUGUCUGGAAAUGGUUUAAGUAUGGAGUGUGAUUUGUGCCUGUGUCACACAUUAACUAACAUAUUUUUCCAUCAGUCUCGCCGGAAAGAA